AGAACACGCAGCAGCAGACCCACGGAACAAGAACACGCAGCAGCAGACCCACGGAACAAGAACACACAGCAGCAGACCCACGGGACAGCCAACACACACGCAGCCACGGAACAGACCCACGCACACGGCUCAGCUGAAAACACCGCAGCGCAGAUAAUGGCUGCUACCCUGCUAGGGGAGGAACCCCGGCUCGGCAGCACCCCUCUGGCCAUGCUGGCCGCCACCUGCAGUAGAAUCGGUGAUCCCAGCCCCUCAUGCUCCCCUGCGCUUUCCGACGGAGCCCCCGGACUCAUCAAAGGCUUUCAGCCAUGGAAGCUGAGCGGCCCGUGCGCGGGGGGCCUGGGCACCAGCCUGGCCUCCCUGGGGGUCACCUCUGGAACACCCAGGACUAACGGGACAGGUCUGGGGGAGACCUCCAGCGCAUUUUCGGUGACCACUACAAACACAGCUUUUGGAAAUGACUUUUCCAUGUACCAGACCACUUUACCGUCAGAUAACAAUGUUCCCGACAGCGCGCACGCACAGCGGUCCGUGUUUCUGACCAAGCUCCCCUCCUCUGUGGACGGAAUAGGAGGGAUUUACCAGAGGAUGCACGCGCACCCCUAUGAGCCCUGGUUCAAGCCGGUGUCAGAGGUCAGUACCGGCUCCUCUGCCUGGUGGGACAUGGGCUCCAGCUGGGUGGACACACAGAACCCAGCCGGCCUCCCUCCUCCUCUGGGCGGAUACACCACAGACUACAGCUCGCUGCCCCACGGCCACUCCGCCUUCAGCGCGGGCCCCUCUCAGCACCUGCUCCCGGCCACACAGCACCUGUUCGACGGCUUCAGGUCACCUGGCCCGGCGCCCUUCACAGAAUCCAGCUCGUCCGGUUCACCUUCGCUGACCACCACUCCCGUCGUUUCUCUUCCCGCGUCUGUGCGCUCCUCCUCGAGGCGCUACACCGGCAGAGCCACGUGCGACUGUCCAAACUGUCAGGAGGCGGAGAGUUUGGGCCAAGGGGGCACGAGCCCCCGGCGGAGGGGCUUGCACAGCUGCCACAUCCCGGGAUGUGGUAAAGUUUAUGGUAAGACCUCUCACCUUAAGGCCCACCUGCGGUGGCACACCGGGGAGAGGCCGUUUGUCUGCAACUGGCUGUUCUGUGGGAAGCGCUUCACGCGCUCCGACGAACUGCAGCGGCAUUUGCGCACGCACACCGGGGAGAAGCGCUUUGAAUGCUCGGUUUGCCACAAACGGUUCAUGCGCUCCGACCACCUGAGUAAACAUGUGAGGACGCACAGCGCAGAGGAGGGCGGUGAACAGGGUGUGGGGAAAGGCGGCAGUGACACGGACAACAGCGUGUCCGGUAGUCCCACACAGUCCCCCGGGCCGAGCGGGCGCGAGGCUGGACAGACCACCGGGGACAAGGAUGCGGUGGAGUAAUAAUAAAGUUAAACACGGACUCAGAAAAUCGUUGGGCAUUUGAUGACACUGUACCAGCCCGUGGACUGUUUCCACGGACACAUGAAACUGAAAUGGCACUUUAGAAUGAACACUGUGUCCUUACC